AUGUGCUUCGUGCUGGUUGCAGUCAGCAAUGCGUCCGUACUAACUCCACGUCGGACAUUCAGUCUGACUGACUUCGAUUUAGGGGCUUUAGGUUUUGGUAGUGGUAGUAUUGGUGGGGGUAUUGGUGGUGGUAUUGGUGGUGGUAUUGGUGGUGGUAUUGGUGGUGGUAUUGGUGGUGGCAUUGGUGGUGGUAUGGGUGGUGGUAUGGGUGGUGGUAUGAGUGGUGGUAUGGGCGGUGGUAUGGGAGGUGGUAUGGGUGGUGGUAUGGGCGGUGGUAUGGGUGGUGGUAUGGGUGGUGCUAUUGGUGGUCGUAUUACUGGUGGUAUAGGCGGACGCCUUUACAGUGGUGUAGCUGUCCCAACGUACCCCCGUUUGAUGCCCAUUGUAUAUGGAUUAUCAGGUAGUUAUAUGUCAAGCUAG